UGGGAAAGUGUCAGAUGCGGAUGCGGAACAAUUGUAAGAGUUCAAGUUGGAGUGAGCUUCCAAGGUCCAUGUGAAUCGAGUCGCAGAACAAUAGGUCCUCACCAACUAUUGUCCGCCAAACUUGAAUAGACCGGACCUCGUGAAUUAUUUAUAUUAUUCCUGCCAGUGUCUGCCAUUAUUCACCGCCCUGAUCAGCCAUUGUCACCCGGCAGCCUGAAGUGAUUCCCCGCGGACGCCUUAACUUACAGGAAAAGCUGCAAUACAACCUGGCCUAGCCUCAACACGAACCGUUCUAAUUUAUAACACUACCACCGGUAACAGGAAAUAUGGCAAAGUUUACUGUGCUGGAUCAAGCUGAAGAAGACAAACUUCAUGCCACGCGACUUUUGGGCAUCGAAGAGCGCCCGUUCAAGCGUCUAAGCAAGCGGCUUCUAGCCCCAACGACUCCCAUCCACACGUUUCUCUCGCGGCCCAGCCCCUCCGAAGAGGGUGGCACAGAAAAUGAAACAGAAACAGAAAGUACAGAACAGUUUCUCCAGGAUAUCCAGCGGUUCCGCGAAGACGUGAUUCUAGACUUUGCCGCGUUCGAGAGCAGCAUUGCACGUAUCCAGCUGCUGCGAGCGGCCAAUGAAAGAGAGCGGGAACGUUACGCGGCAGAAAGGCUCAAGAUCGAAGUCACGGCCGCCGAGGUACGAGAGAACACGGCCAAGCUCCGCGUCCAGCUGGACGAGGCACAGAAGACGCUGGCGAUCCGCAAGACGUACGAUGUGCUCGCGGAUAAAAUCACCAGGAACCCGGCUCUCAAGCCGCGUGACGAACAGCACGUCAAUAUUGAAAAGCUCAAGGCCGAGAUUGAAGAGUUGGAACGCGAGGCUCAGGAACACACGCAGGCGUGGCUUGAGCGGCGCGAGCAGCUGGCGAAGGUCGUUUAUGAAGGUCAGAAGUUGAGAAGGCUGAUCCGUGACGAGAAGGAGCCGGAAAAGGACGAUACGGAACAUGAUGAGGAUCAUGAUCAUUUGUUGGGAGGCGUGUCCGGAGGUAUUGGUAGAGAUGGCCUCUCAAACGCCGGUACGCCACGCCCUGUCGAUGAUGCUUCUACCCCGUUGGCUGCCGCGCGUGGAAGUGGCGUGGGAACUCCUGGGGGUGCCACGCCUCGUCCUGACAGAGACGAAGACGUUGAUAUGGACGCCGGUCCUGGUUUGGAGACGGGAGAUGGAAACAAAAAUGGCCCGGCAAAUGUUGUCAUUGACAAACCCGGCGACGAUAUGGACACCAGUUGAAGGGCCUCUAGCUUAUCCCAUCUUCCAAAAUAACAAAACAAGGGACGACAAGACAUGGUCCCACGAUUGAGCCCUCAAGUGAAAGGGUCUACCAGCGAGCUGAAGAAGGCGAUCUUGUGUGAGCAAGAGGGUCGCGCAUUCAGGAAGUCCCAGAGCUACAACCUGGUGGAUGGCCGAAGCCAGGGGAUUAGACCCGUCCCAGCUCACUCACUCACGAGCAAAAACGGGGCCAAUUGUCAUCUUUCAUGGAUAUGAUUGGAUACGGUCGCUGCUCAUGAGGUCUUGUACUCAAUUCCCCCUCUCGUGGCCAGCAAGAAGAUGCAGUGGCACGUAUAAACGACAUUGGACCGUUCUCGAAUCAAAGGAAUCCGAAGCUUCAUUUGGAUACAAGCCUUCAUGGAGCAUGUAGGACAAUAAUAAUGGGAACUGCCUUAGCAGUCUCCGGUAUGAAUACUAGGUACCGGCCUCAAUACGAGCACUGAUGAAACCUCCAAUUGGACGCCCUUGGUGACAAUGGUUCUUGGUGAAUUUGAUUUUGUUCAUGUUCCUGCCACCUUUUGAGGUUGACCCUUUGACUGCUGCUUUCCUCGAUUUCCAUUGCCGUACCUAGGGCUGCUUCAUUGCAUGUGCCCCAAUCCGUGCUCAGGAAGCAAAAGGAGACAUUCAAACGCUUUGGAAUGGCAAUGCUUUACUCCUUUGCAACCAACCACCUACUGCUGUCCGGCAACCGGGUCAUCCUUUUGCUGCUCCUUUGCCUGUUUCAAGACUUCGACUGCCUUGUUGCGUUCCUCUUCGUUCGUGGCCGUGUCCUAUAAACCCACCAAACCGAGAUUGCUAAGAUUAGAAAAUGAUUUUUACUGAACGAAAGAAACAGAGAACUGGGAAGUGAUUUGCAUUCGCGACGGCACGAGGUUCUUUCCUAUUGAAAGGGCUUGCGGGAUUCGACAGGACGAACGGAGCGCUGGCAAGGGCAAGGGCAUGGCGAAGAACAACAUAAUUGCAAGCUCGAAACGUAAUGUAACGUACCAGGUAACUCUCCAGCUUUUCUCUCGCGCUGGU